CACGAUGUUUGCUGAGAAUCUGCGGAUUCCCACGGUGACUCGUGGCGGCCCGAUCACCGCCGUCGCCAGUCGUCAGUGCAGUGAGUGCACCGCGGUGGUCGUCGACACGCUGGGCCGCUCGUCGCCAGUCGCCGCCGAGCUGUCUUCGCCGAUGGUGGUGUGUUCGACCGAGUGGUGUGGGGCCUCCCCGAUCAGCAGCCGCCGCGUUCGUUGCACGAGCCCGUCGCCACUGGACCACGUCAGGUAGGCGACUACGCUGCGAUGCGACUCCCCGUCAGUCCGACACCACAUUCGUUCGGCGCGCGUCACCGGCGGUAGCAUCGGGCGCGUGUUUCGUGGUGCGUGUGUGUGUUGUGCUCGAGUGACGCCAUGAGUGACGUGUAUUUGACCGAGGAACAGUACGCGGGCUACCACCCGUCGCACGGCAACUACUCGUCUCCGCACGACGACGGGCCCUACGUAGGUGCGGGCAUGGCGGGCUACAGCGACUACGGCCGCGGCAACGAGCUGCUCAUGGAGCUGGGAGGCGGUCAGCCCGUCGACAUGUCGAGCCCGCCGGCGCGCUACUACAAGGGCGGCGGCGGGGGCCUUUCGGACCAGGAACCGAGCGCACUGCUCGGCUCGGUCGCUAAGGGUCCCGGUCCCCCGGCCGCGCCCCAAGGCUCCCCCCACCUGGGGCUGCAGGCGCCCAGGGCGCAGCUGCCCCCGAGUCCCGUGGCGAGUCCCGUGGCCGUCGCCGCGACGGUGGCUGGCGGCGAGAGCCGUCUGUCGCGCGACGCCAUGGAUCGCUACCUGCGCGAGCGCGGCGACAUGGUGCUGGUCAUCCUGCACGCCAAGGUCGCCCAGAAGUCGUACGGAAACGAGAAGCGGUUCUUCUGCCCGCCUCCGUGCGUCUACCUGCUGGGCGAUGGCUGGCAGCGCAAGCGGGACCAGCUGCUCCGCGCGGGCGAGAGCGAGCAGGGUGCCCAGCUGUGCGCCUUCAUCGGCAUCGGCAACUCGGACCAGGACAUGCAGCAGCUGGACUUCGGAGGCAAGAACUACUGCGCCGCCAAGACGCUGUUCAUCAGCGACUCGGACAAGCGCAAGCACUUCAUGCUCUCUGUCAAGCUGUUCCACGGCAACGGCGAGGACGUGGGCGUGUUUCAGAGCAAGCGCAUCAAGGUCAUCUCAAAGCCGAGCAAGAAGAAGCAGUCGCUGAAGAACGCCGACCUGUGCAUCGCCUCAGGCACACGGGUGGCGCUCUUCAACCGGCUGCGCUCGCAGACGGUGAGCACGCGCUACCUGCACGUCGACGGCGGCAACUUCCACGCCAGCUCAAGCCAGUGGGGCGCAUUCACCAUCCACCUACUGGACGACAACGAGUCCGAGGCCGAAGAGUUCACGGUGCGCGACGGCUACAUCCAUUAUGGCUCCACCGUUAAGCUGGUGUGCUCGGUGACUGGUAUGGCGCUGCCGCGGCUCGUGAUCCGCAAGGUGGACAAGCAGAACGCCUUCCUUGACGCUGACGACCCGGUGUCGCAGCUGCACAAGUGUGCAUUCUACAUGAAGGACACCGAGCGCAUGUACCUCUGCCUGUCGCAAGAGAAGAUCAUCCAGUUCCAGGCGACCCCGUGUGCCAAGGACGUCAACAAGGAGAUGAUCAACGACGGCGCUUCGUGGACCAUCAUCAGCACGGACAAGGCCGAGUACACGUUCUGCGAGGGUGCCGGACCCGUGCGCGGACCCGUGACGCCCGUGCCAGUGGUCAACAGCCUCCACCUGAAUGGCGGCGGGGACGUGGCCAUGCUCGAGAUCACAGGAGAGAACUUCGCAGCCAACCUGCGCGUCUGGUUUGGCAACGUCGAGGCCGAGACAAUGUACCGGUGCGCCGAGUGCCUGCUCUGCGUGGUGCCUGACAUCUCGGCCUUCCGUGAGGGCUGGCAGUGGGUGCGACAGCCGACCCAGGUGCCCGUCUCCCUGGUGCGUUCUGACGGCGUCAUCUAUGCCACGGGACUCACCUUCACCUACACGCCCGAGCCCGGACCGCGCCACUCGGGACCCAGCCCUUAUCCGGCCCUGGUGCACGAGAUACUGAGGCCUGCUAAUGCACGCACCCACCCGCCAGCGCCCGAAGACCACGGUAUUACGGCGCAGAGCUACGGACAUGCCAUGGGCCUCUACCCGCCGCACCACCAGAGCAUGUCCUGAAGGGCACUCUCCCCACCCUUAACUUAUUCGUUUAUGCCUCGUUACGCGGUGACAGGAUGUGCGCGGGUCAGAGAGGCAACCUGUCGUAUCUUUUUUCAUGGGACGCAUCGUGAACAUUGGCGCCAUCAGUGAAACGAGAGAACUACAGUGGUGUUUGUUUUUGAUGACCCCUUUGAGAGAUCAUCUUAUCACUUGGUCGAUGCCGCUGUUUUCCUGUACAUGAAUCUCUGUGCCGAUGUUCGCUUUACGAGGGCCAUCCUUUCAUUACAUGUUAAGAAUUCACAGAAAGACAAACGAAAGAGUGCUUUUGGGCCUGUCAUGUUAUGUAAAGAUACAAGUGUUAGCUUACAAUUCCCUAAAGUUUUUUUAGCCUUGGACACAUUUUAUGCGCAUUUAUUGAAGAAUAUUUCUGCCAUUUUGAUCAUUGAUCGGCACUCAUCAGUGUCUUUGUCAGCUGCAGAUUUGUUUAUUGCAAACAUGAAAAACUUAUGCAGCCCUGUCAAGCCAUGCACGAAGGAAACAGUUUGCUCAGGACAAUGUUUAACCUUUUGAAUAAUUUUAUGUGUCGUUUGACUUAUUACAAAAAAUUCCACGGUUGCUUAUACAAACCUGUAUGGGGAAAUAAGAUGUACAGGCUUGGAUAAUUUUGUAUUUGUAGUUCCUUAAAACGUGUCUGUGAAAUAACAUUCAUUUUUUUGUGUAUAUCAUGGAAGGGGCUGUGAGGGAGCAAUAAUUAGGAGGUUUUAUUGAAGUACUUUUAAAUAUAUGUGCAAAACUCAAAAAUUACUGGGACGAUGAUUGCUUCGUAAAGACUCUCCUUGGAAUGCCAUUGGAAGGAACAUUCUUUUAUUGAAUAGAAUAGCAAGCUCACAUUGAACUAGUAAGUUUUCUGCAAUAAAAUUCACAGUGCCUCUCAGGUGCACAGGCAUGCCUGUUCCCAUUCUAAAUACUUGCUGCUAAGAUUCAAAGAAUGCCAUCGUGCUGUGUCGAAAUUUCUGGGCUAGAAAUGCUGGGUGCCACAGGAUACACUCGAUUGUGACAAAGAUUUUGUAACCUCCUAUGAAACCGAAAAGCAGGCGAAUGGGAGCUCUUCAGUUUGUAGUAUUGUGAGUGAUUAUUUUGACACAGGCAUUCUUGAAGGUGCACUUAAUUACACCUGUUUACUGGCUUUCUAAUUCAGAAUGGUACGGAAUCUGAUUUCAGUAUGUCUAUUUGGUGCCCAGAAUGCUUACAUUAAGUCUUAGUUUGAACCAAGAAACAGUAAGAUCAAUGAAUAUGUUGAUUUAUAAGAAAUUCAGGGCAAGUAUACUGCUGUCCAUACCAUAUUUGCAAACACGUAGUGGCAAAAGAAACUUCUUUCAUCUCCUGAGAGUCCCUCACAACUUGUAGCAGCUGUUCAGUGGUAUUUCUAGAACUGCUUCGAGCUCUUUCAGCUCGGAGUUUCUUCACAGGUUAACUCAUUUUCUUUUUGCUCAUCUGCUGCAGCAUUUAACCAAUGACAGAAAAAUGUGUUAUUAAAAUGAGCUGCUAGAAUAUUUGUGCUGCUCCUUUCUUUUAUUCCUUUUCCAACUUUCUACUGUGAAUCGAUCCCAUAUACUUAGGUUUAGUUGGCAUUGAACAACAGCAUAAUCUAAUUUUUGAUUUUUUUCUUUAUUUUUUUCCCGAGAAUGGCAAGCUAGAACUGGCGCAGCUGCAGGGGAAGCUUGUGUUGGCCAAAAGGAUCAAGUGGCCGUUAAAAUCAAACCUCGCAGCAAACUUCUCAGAUGCUCGGCCCAUUGUCUCCUUUAAUGCAUGUCAGUACUGCACCUGUACUUGUAGUGUCCCACACAGGUGUAAUGUGGCCUUAUUAAUUGCAAUAGUGCAAUGCUGGAAGUGGUGUACAGUUGUACUGAAAGAGGAGGGAAAAUGCAUUGAUGUGGCCAAGCAAAUUGCUGAUCGUCAAUCAGCACAGCAGUUAAAAACAAGGAAACAUACACAACAAAAGUACUUGGCAGUUGUUGGUCUAAAGCAAAGAUGUGGCAUAUCCACCUUACCACCCCAAUGGAAAAGACUGGAUUGUAGAAACGUGCAUAGGUGCAUAUACAUUGGCGACAUAUUUGCAUUGAAGAAACAGGUGUUUACAGUGCUUACAUUGUGUCUUCAUGUCCUUGUCUAGUUACACUUGUUGACAAUGAGCAUUUUUGAACUUGGCUAUUUUUUCAUGUGCAUUUUUUCAUGUGCUAUUUGAAAGCAGGAGCUGUGCAUUGCAUUUGAUUUGCACCGAUGCUUUAUGAAGAGGAAGAUUUGCAAAAGAAUUAUAUAGUUCCCACAAACUUGAGCUUUGAUGCACUCAAUGAGACAAAGAGGAGCUUUUUAUGGCUGCUUUUCUCUUCAUGUGACAUAUUAAUAAAGGUAUGAGUAGCUUUGGCAAAAAACUCUCCUUAAUGCAAGGUAACAGCACUGCACCAAUAAGAAAUUCCCAUUCCAUUUAGAUAAGCCGACAUUUUCAUGAAGAGUGUCCGUGCACUACAGGAAUUGGGGCUGUGCAUCGCAAGCACGUAAGCUUGGGCAGAGAAAUCAAGCAUGCAAUAUAACUGUACCAGCUUUCUUCAGUGUCAGUGGUGUACAUUGAUGUGCAGGUGAGAACAAGAAGUGCUCUGGCAGGUUUAUUGUCAAACGAGCACAGAAUAAUUCCCUAUGCAUUAAUAAAUUUGGCCUAUAGGGUGAAUACACAAAGGGGACCAGAAAUUUUAUCGUUUGGCUUUUUCAUAUGCAGGAGCUCUUCUAGUAAAAUUGUCCGACAUGUUUGCAUUUAUUUUAAGGCUUCGUUGCUGUGAAGUCAGUGUCAUUAUAUGCACUGUCUGCUUGAACAUUUCAAAAUUUCUCAACGGCUUCACGCUCUACCUACGGAGGCUCAACAGCAGUAGAACUCGCAUUAUUGCCACAGUUUCUACUUUCUGUUUGUUGAAACAACAAGAUUUUUAUCAAAUUAGUUGCACUUUCUUUUGGAGGCAGGAAUCAAAGACAGGAAUAUGGAAUGAUGAAUACAAAACCCUGUUUUAUGCAUGCAGAUCAAGUGCAAUCUCCCACCUUGAAUAGGGAGCAUUGCAAAGUGAGGGAGCAUGCUAUGAGUGCAUUUUACAAAUACACCUGCUCUGCGAGUGUUCAAGAGGAGCUACUCACUUCACGCCAACACAAGAGAUGUGUGUGUAUGCUAGCAUCUUAAUGGUAGGUCAGGGGAAGGACAUAAAGAGGCCAAAGUAUUGACAUCGAUGGGACAUAAUUUAGGUGCAUAAAAGCUUUUUGCUGUUGUUUUGAGACUGCAGUUUCAUAAACCCUGUUGCAAUUUUAUAGCGAGCGGAGCGUCGUGGGAUAGCUGAACCUGUUCUGUGGGUAACUUAUAAAAAACUUGCAAGGUAUUUAUCUGAAUUCUUGGCACAGAAACAGUAGGUAUGCUAUUUUCUUUUUAACUAAAUAAUUGUGUUGUGGCAGGUUUUGUAUGACACUUAGUUUUAGUAGUGGCUCCUCGGAAUUUACAGGCUGUGGCAUUGCUGAUUCACCCCAACUUCGACUGUCUGUCAUGGUUCAUGUUCAUUGUUUGCUGUACGCACUUUGCCCUGUUAUAUUGCAGUGCCCUCUGAAUGAAAAAGCGUUGAACUAAGGUUAACACUACAUGAUGCAAAAGAGGUGUCUACUUAGAAAGCAAGUGGCUUAUAUCUUAUUUUGUUUUUGUGUUUUAUUUCAGGCUCGUAGUAACCAUUUCAACUCCUUUGGGAUGUUUCCUUUUCUCUGCUUUUUUGUACGCUGAGGUUGAGCAAUGAGAACGUUGCUUUGCUUGUUUUAACACUUGGUUUGUUCAGCAGUGCGGCGGUAUCACUUGCAAGAAUAAAAGAAUUCGGCACUAAGAUGAA